CUUGGUGUUGAUUUCUCCUCUCUCUCUCUCGCUCGCGCGGAAAGUAAAUGUUAUCUUUUUUGGCACACACCUCACCACCUCGAAAGUAGGGUAGUAAUUCUAGAAAUGGCUGACGAGAGGGAGAAGGUGUGGUUCGUCCGCGUCAUACACAAGCCCGUCCGCUUCUCACACCUGUCGGUUCCAAGGCGGCUCGCGAAGGAUCAGCUCAAGAAGUUGUGCAACACCACCGUGUUCCUCCAGGACGAGCGCGGCCAGGAGUGGCCAAUCGCCACCAACGAGCACGCCUACUUCUGCUCGGGCUGGAACCGCCUCGCACGCGACAAGAGCCUCAAGGGAGGCGAGGUCAUCCUCUUCAUGCACGAAGGCCGCGGCCGCCUCCGCUUCAAGAUCUUCGCCGCCGAUGGAGCGGACCGCCAGGACUUCGGGACCGAGAGGUUCUGCGGGAGGCCACCCCGGAUUGGAGGCCGAAAGAUCGUCCGGAAGCCCAGGAUCGUCAAGAAACCAGCGCCGAAGCUGGCGGUGCCGGUUUGCGUCCAGGCGGUGGUGAAAGAAGAAGUAGAGGAGAGUGGAAUGCUCGGUGAUGCAGAGGCAGCAGUAGUAGCUAUGGCGGAAGAACAAUCUCCAGACGAUCACGAGCCGGCAGUAGCUAUGGCUGUAGAACCAUCUCCAGAGCUCCCCCAUCAGCGUGAAAGCUCCCCUCCUUUUCUCGAGCGGAACUUGAGGAGCCGGCCGCCGCUGGUGAGAUCGAAGCUCCACCUCCACCGCCUCGCCAUGGACGCGGCGCUGGCGUACAAAUCUGACAAGCCAACGUUUAUAGUCAAGAUACAAGGCGACGAGACGGUUCUGAGUGUGAGGAGGGAGUUUGCCGAAAGAUAUCUUCCUCGCAAGCCCGCCACGACCAGCGUGGUGGACGGGGAAUCGACGCUGUGGACGGUCAAGUGGCUGGGAAUUCGAGCGUGCGUCCUGGGUGCCGGGUGGCCAGAGUUUGCGAAGCAUCACGUCCUGAAGAAGCUGGACAUAUGUCUGUUCGAACUCAUCACCCAGAGAGCCUUCCAAGUUCGGAUCUACAGGUAGAAAAACCAAAGCGACAAGCAUCAAAAUGCCACUGGCUUUAGGAAUGCCAGGCUUUAUAGAUAUGGUUUCUCUUGCAUCACAAUCACAGUACCUGUAUCUCACAAAA